UCUCUGGUUUUACAUAUUUCUGUGUACUUGAAUAAAACUUCCACAAAUUGUUUUAACAGCAUUAACACUGGAAACUUAUUUAAUUACAGUGUUUCUGUCAAUCUGGUCGUUGUCAUGUUUGUCAGUGUGUUCACAGUUUGCAUUAAAUAAAACUCACUGAAGGUCUGACAGAUUAAAAUGUCAUCAUUUAUAAAUAUUCAGCAGGAGGUCGUGUGCAGAAGUUCAUUUGUAACCGAGUUUAUAUUUGCAGUAACAAACUCUUUGGCUGAUAAUUUAUUUAAUUUUUCAGUGUUACUUGUAUUUAUUCUGCUGGCCGCACAUGUUGAAAACAGGGAUGCUGCGUUUCGCAUCGUCCCAAAAAGACUGCAGUUCUUUGAGCUGGAGUCUGUCUUCUUUCACUGUGAGGGUCUUGAUGGAGCUUCUCAGUUAAAAGGGAUCAGAAAUACAGAAAUACUCAUUUCAGUGUGUGAUGAGAGCUCACCAACACUACUGUGUGCGAUUCAUCGAGCCUAUGCAACAGACAGCGGCGAAUACUGGUGUGAGACUGGAGCUGGAGAGAAAAGCAUCAGUGUCAACAUCACAAUAACUCCUGGUUCUGUCGUCCUAGAGAGUCCUGUUGUCCCUGUCAAGGAGGGAAACAAUGUGACUCUGCGCUGCAGGAACAAGACAAAGACUUCAAACCUCACAGCUGAUUUCUAUAAAGACGGCUUCCUCAUCGGGAACAGCUACACAGGAGAGAUGACCAUCCACAGAGUGUCCAGGUCUGAUGAAGGACUCUACAAGUGUAAGAUGUUUGAUACUGGAGAAUCACCAGAGAGCUUGUUGACUGUCACAGCACUUCACAGAGAGACCUGCUCAUCUUCUUGUUCUGCCGUCCACGUGUUCCUAAUGUUGAGGACUAUUUUCACCAUUGUGAUGGUGGUUCUGCUGCUUUUGUUAGUGGUAUUACUUCACUUUGGAAAACUCAGUGUUACACAGACAUAAAUGGUAUUUGUAUAUAAAGAUGACUGAUGGAGAAUGUUCUGGAAGUUUUAACAUUUAGAUAAUAGAACAGUGCAGUAAACUGGACAAUUAUAAAAGCUACACUAUGACGGGUGAUUGCAAAUAUUGUAAAAAAUACUUCGACUUCAGUUUUUUUUUACUAUAUACUUUUUUCCUUUUUUAUUGCUUUGACUUUGUUGGUUGCUGUUAAACUUGUCAUGCACGGAUGAGUUUAAAACCACAGGCCUGCUGAGCAUGUUUAAAGACCUCUCAGUAUCUCAGUUUACUCAGCGUGUGAUUAUUUUAGAUGCUGCAGAUACUCCAGUAAUUUUAGCUUCUUAGAUACAAACCGCAUGAGAAAAUGUUUGUUCACAGUAGAGUUAAAAUACGUCAGCGUGAUCAUUUCAGUGCCAGCUUGCGGCUUAAAAAUUCUACAUAAGCCUUGUAGCUGCAAACAUGUCAGUGUAUCUUCUGCAGCUAAAUAGUAAGCAUGGCAAGAACAAAAACUUAUAUAUAUAAACUUAAAUAUAUAUAUUAAUAUAUUUUAAAAUAAAAUGACCCAACAGAGGGGUGUGGAUGUCAGUUACUACUUUCAUUUCAUUCAUUCAACUUUAAAUUUGUUAACUGUUUUAAAAUAAUUGACAAAAAUAUAUAUAUAAAGACAAUCCCAGUGUCAUCCGGAUCAGCCGAUCCAAGCCUCACCUGGUUUUCUCCCACGCUGUCGCCCACCUGUAAGGACAUCUGCGGCUCUUCACCUGCUGGAAACUGCCCUUAACUACCUGCCCUCGAUCCACAGCUAUCCUGCCCCCCCGCGCUACAAGCACUUUGCCCCGUGAAACUCCCGCCGUGAACUUUCACUACUUUGUCGCAAAUAAACUCACUGUAAACUUGUGGCUGUUGAGCAUAGUGUCUGCUUUUGGGUCCAUUUAUGUGACACCCAGUGAAAAUAUCAUCUAUGAGAAAAGAA